AUGGCCAUUACCAGUACCAUGCCACACAAUUCCAAUCUCGGCAAUAUGAAGAAGAAGAGCGCCUUUGUGAUUGGCCGCGAGAAUGACAGGCGCAAGCAGUUGAUACUGUUGAUCACAGUCCCCACGAUCCUCUUGCUCUCCAUUAGGGGCAUGCUGACAAGAGGCGCAGAGACCUGGCAUCUACCUGUCGAGACGACCUGUCAAGACUCACCACAGUUAUUAAAACAAGCACCCCCCAAGCCCCUAGUAUUGUAUGUAGCAGGCUCGAGUCGCACGGGGACAACUUACUUUUACAAUUUGCUUCGCAUCCUGUUGCGCCAGAGAGAUCCCAAUACCAUUCACGGAUGGUACGAAGACUUGAGUGUGGUGGCCGCACGGUACAGCAGUCCCAAUCCACCAUUGUCACCAAUACUCGAGGAUAAGUUUGAUUUGGACAUUGAUAAAUGGCAAGGAGCCUUAGAUGCCUACAAAUCUACCGGUACUACUGUGCUAGUCAAAGUUCAUGGUCUCAGUCACGCCAUUCGACUAUUCAGUGGUUGUAAUUCUAUACAAAAUGGUGAAUUAAUGAACCCCGGCUGCCCCGUGGACGCGGUCUUUUCAACCCACCGUGAUGUGGGACCUCAACUAGCAUCCAUCAAGCGCAUGGCCUGGGCCAGACGAAUGAAGUGGAGUGAUUUGGACAAUGUCCAGGAAUUUUGUCGCAAGACGGGGCAUCACAAAGCUACACGCGAGAGACCAAGACUGGUUGCUGCUGAUUGGAAGGGCAGUGCUGCUACCAUGGACAAAUCCUGGCGGCUGCAGAGUCAUGCCAUUGUCAAGUGUCACCAGGAGUGGCACACAGCGGCGGGUAGUAAGCUCGUGUUGGAUGCUCCCAUGGAAUCACUCACGACGCACGAGGGGCGAUUGAAGUUGGCGGAGCAAAUUAUUCAGCAAAUUGGGAAAUUGGAUCCAGACGGCAGCAUCAGUACCAAUAUGGAUGCCGCCAAGGCCGUUGAGGAAGCGGAUCAGUUGCGUUCAUUGGCGUGCUCGUCGUGGCAAGCCGUCAAUCCCAUUACACACUUUCAUCGGGGUCAUGUUCUUAUUGAUAAUAGUAGCAUGGAUACAGCCGAUGCUGCUGCUGCUGCCAAUGAGGAAAAGGAGCUUCAGAAACAGGCCUUUAGUCUCUUGGAGGCGGACCCCCUCAUUCAAAAGUGGCGCAAGGAGUUUGGGUACAGCAGUUCGUAA